UCUUGGACUGCGCGCGUUUGGCGGCAGAGGGAAACCCGGCAGUGCGUCGUGCUCCUUGCUCCGAGCAGAGAUCGUUUACCUACCUGGGGGAUGCUCGCCUUUCUACUGCUCUUCAUCUAGACUUGCGGAGGCUUACUUGGCGGCUCUUCACUCACGAAAUCUUUUUCCGGAUGGAACACUGAUCAAGCUUCCUCAGGAAAUAUGUCUAAAAGGUGCACGAAAGCUACCAGGUCGAAGCGCACUCGCGGAUCUCUUGACCACAUUAUGCUUCGGAAGAGACGACGAGCACCGGCUGCUGCCGAGGAAACAUCUUCACCAGAUGCCAGCAAAAGCUUUGAAGAAACAUCGCACAUGGACUUCGGGAGCCCAGAUCGCAGUCAAGCACCAUACUUUUGUGGUGGAGGCACACCAAAAAGCUAUAGUCAAUUUCGAGGCAUUCAUGGCCUUCCAACACCUGAACCACGGGCAUGCCGCAAUUCUCCACUUCCUCAGUUGUCUUGGGCUGACCAGGAGAAUGUGUGGAAUCUUAUGGUUCACAAAGAUGUGAUCUAUGUCCACAGUGCAUCCGUGCUAGAGCGGCAUCCUGCUUUGCAGCCACGGAUGCGUGCUAUUCUCCUCGACUGGUUGAUUGAGGUCUGCGAAGUUUACAGGUUGCACAGGGACACCUACUACUUGGCUCAAGACAUCCUUGAUCGCUACCUGGCCAAGACUUCAAACCUUCCAAAGAAUCAACUUCAGCUACUAGGCAUCACAUCCUUGUUUCUUGCAGCCAAAAUGGAGGAAAUUUACCCGCCGAAGCUGACAGAGUUUGCCUAUGUAACUGAUGGUGCUUGCCAGGAGAGAGAAAUUCUUGACAAGGAACUGUCAAUUCUUGUGGCUCUCAACUGGGACCUGACUCCAGUAACCGUCAAUGGGUGGCUUAACACAUACCUGCAGAUAGCUGCAAAGAAGGAGAAAAGGGGCAAGGACAUGAACUUCUUACAUCCAGGAUUUUCUGCUUGCUCUUUUGUACAAGUUGCUCAGUUGGUGGAUCUAUGCAUGCUGGACGUAGAUUGCCUACAAUUUAAAUAUAGUGCCAUUGCUGCUUCAGCGAUCCACCAUAUGAUGUCGCCAACCCUAGCAUCAACUGUUUCUGGCUACAAGACCGCUGAUUUAGCAAACUGCAUUGAGUGGAUGGUACCAUUCGCCACUGUUAUCAAAGAAGGAUUAAAAGACAUGUCUGGAACCUGUGGGAAAGCUGGACACGAAAUCCAAGCUCAUCAUGUUAAUCUCCAGCUUGUGGAAAAAGCAUUUGGCCUGAAGAAAGAAGCCAGUGCCUCGUCAGAAUCUAAACGUGGCAAAGUGGCCAGCGGCAACAGCACAGUUUUGGGACUGCUCACACCUCCUGCUGUCCAGUAGUUUUCAUUGGAACAUUUGUUGCUAGCGUUUAUAUGUUGGCCCAUAUUGCUGUUUGUUGAUAGCAUACCAGUGUAAGAUCUCGUGCUGUGGACAUAGAGCGCACAAUCUUCAAAAGCAAGGAAAUGUAACCAGAGUGUAAAUGCACUUGCAUGUCUAGUCUCAAUUGUCCCAGCCGACUUUGUUGCAUGGCUGUUACAGCUGUAUCGUUAGUUUUUUUUUUUUUUUUUAAGGGCAUCUGCACGUGUGUCCACAUACUAGAGGUAAAUACUGUGUAGUUGACCUACCUGUAUGUUGUCAGUGCAGUGUUCCUAGUUUCCUACAGUGCUUGUUUAUUUCUAAAAAGAAACUGCUCUGGCAAGUCUGUGGAAUGCUGGACAUUCACUGAUAACCCAUUCCAUGCCCCUUGUAUUCAUGUACAUAGAUACAUUUUGUAUCACCUGUUCAGCCAACUGUUUAUAUAUCUUGCAAGUGGUUCCCUUGAGAGCUAUUUUUUAGUUAACAGCCAAGCUUUGGCAAGACAGGGAAAAAGCUUGCAAUCAAAACUUGUCAUCUGCAUGGCAAACUCAUCCAAAACUGUGUCUCACACAUGUUGCCAGCAGUCUUUUGUAAGUCUUUGUCAGGGAAUGCCCACAUGAUGCUGUUUCACUGCCAGUGUUUAAAAGUUGUUACAGGUGUUAAAGCCACACUCAACCUGCAUGAGGUGUUGCCAUGCGAGGGAAUGUAUUACGUUAUAGACCGCUUAUAACGGAAGUCGCAGAUAUGCGCACUAUAACCAAAACAGUCUUUUAACAACCGCAUUUGCACAAAACAUGUUGAGCGUGCAGCCUCAUGUGUGUGAGAAUAGAAGCAUACAAUGCGUGGUGCUUACAAUUAUUUAAAUUUCCAAAUGCUAAAAAAUAAAUUGCAGUCCUAAGUUGCGCGUUCCUGACAAAAUGAACGUGAAAAGAGGGGGGGGAGGGGGAGGCCUAACAAAAGAAAGCACCAUCGCAGAAGUUUGCCGACUACUUUUAAGACCGCCUCGAUAAUGUGCAUUACACAGAAACUAUGUCAAUUCCAAAGUUUCACGUGCUGAAAGACGCCAAUCAUUAGAUUUCACGGGUGCAAACACGAUUUCCAGACAUGGCAAUCGAACCGCAAACCACUAUUCAAGCACUACAUGUGCCACCCUCGUUUUCAUUAACAAUAUGUAUCUCUUUCCGUCAAGUGCAGCCACCACAAUUGGUUUUGUUGAUUCCGUAACAAGCCACAACUUAGAUAGCAUUUGACCCCUACUGAAACACCAGCAACGCCAAUUAAGCCUAGUGUGCUGUUAUAUUGCGUUCAGUAUCACACUCAAGCACUGAACCGAAAAUAGAAUUUUUGUUGAACAGCGAAUCCUGUUGACCUCCCAUUAGCACUCGCGAACGAAGUUUGCAUGUGUGGAUAGGAGAUCAACGAAAACUUGCCAAGCUUAACGUACGCAGCGCACUGGCAGCAAAGGUGAAAGCUAACGUCAUAAAGCCAUAAAAGGCAUUAAAUUUACGGACGAGGUAGCAAACGCGAUAUCUGUAGCAAGCUCGAUAAUGACUACACUUUACCAGACAGCAAAUUGUUAAGCGCAGUUGAUAAGGACGGGAUUGCAUGUGCCAUGCUGAGCCACACUAGCAACACUAGUGCACAGCGGCAUCGAUGCCAGUAGAAAGGCUUAUCCGUCGCCAAGGCAACUGCCACCCCUCCAUCCCCUUUUUUCCCUUUUGCUUUUUUCUUCUUUCCUCCACCCUUCAUUCGUUCACACCUCGUCCUCUGUAACGAUCUCGUUGCUCGCUUAGCAGCGGCGCACCCAGCACGCCUCCUUUCAGACGUGCCCUCGCUGCCACAUUUGUCCCCAAGAUUUCCCGGCAACUGCAUUAUAACCUGUCUUUCAGCUUGGGGGAAUGCACAAUAAGCGGUAUGCAUAUAGGGGUUCUAUGGGAGGGUAAACGGGAUUCACAAAACACCGCAUUGUAACAGGUUCUGCACUAUAAGCGGUUGCUUUACAAGUCGUCUACACUGUAUUUAACACAUGCAUGGGAAGGAGUGUGUUGAAGAGCUCACCACUGUCCAAUGCCAUAGGGUUCUGCUUCACACUGGUGGGCUUUUUUUUCCGCCAUUGUUUUGGGAUGGCUGAUCCCUCCAAGAUCUCAAAUCUAGUGCCAUUGGGACUGCGAAUGUAUUGCCCAUAUUUUCCUAGCCGAUGUCGGUGCUCAGUCAUGCUUGCACUGCGGUUUUUUUCUGGCAUGAGCUCUACAUUUGUGUGGCCUGGAAGCUUGGUAGCCUGCUGCUUGGUGUUUCUGGUUAACACAUUGGAGGAUGUCAUUUGGCAUCCAGUUUAUGCUGAUAUGUUAGUCCUGCAAACUUAUUUUCUGAACAAUGGAUUAAAUAUUUAUAUCACAAUUUGCUCAAGAAACAAAAUGGACUUUAUCAGCAACAUGCACCUCAUGCAAGUUUUUUGAGUCAUGUUUGUUGUGCAUGGGGACGCUAAGUAGGAUAUUUCCCUGCAAGUUUAAGCUUGGAGUGGAAGACUUGGAUCUGCUAACUUUUUUUAAUGUAUGGACUUUUGUGCUUUUUUUUUUCUAAGUUUGUGAUUAAAAAAUGAAUUGCAUGACUAAAGUACUUGAUUUUUGUUUGAAUGUAUUUAAGACACUUGAGGCCCGAUUAAAGUGUAGUGUGCACGUACUGAGUAUUUCUGAGGUUAACAUGUAAGACAUUUUUUGGUCAAAGUUGACUUGAAGUGCUUAUGGGUGGUAAUGGUACAAAGAGCACAUGAUGCAGACUGUGCUUUAUGACAGUAAUGUGCAAUAACUGACUUAUUGCUGCUGGUAUUUCAGUGCUUUGUGGGUAUUUAAACAUUUUCUGUGUAUUACAUGCAGUUGUGAAGCUUUUACUGUGUCUUAUUGUACUAGUGCACUGAAUGCCAGCUCUACAUGAAAUCUUAGUGCCCACAGUAUUUUGCCUCUUUUGUCAGUUAUGUAUACUUUCUGGGUUUUUCUGGUUUGGCAUUUCCAGCACAUCUAUCAGUCAUUUACUGUACUGUACCAAUACCCAUCAUAUGGCAUUGAAUGGAUUUGUAAACAUGAUUCAUGGAGGUGAUACUAUUUUUUUACCAUGCAUUUGAAAUAAAGUUAUGAUCUUUACAAAGCA